UAUAAACACAGCGGCUGGUGAUAGUGAUAGUGAACCCCAUGACUUAUGAUACAGCUUAUAACAACACAACUUGACGAAAGAGAAGCCUCAAAAUGGAUAAGAGGUGUGAAAAACACACACUCAGUGAAUCAGAUUCCUCAGCAUCUGAAGAAGAGACCUCAUGUUUUUCUUUAGGAGGUAGGAAACGAUCACGCCUGAGCAUUGAUCUAGAUGACAGAGAAUCCUCAGAUAAUGAAGAUGGCGGAGGUGGUUGGGGAAACACAAAAACAUCCACAGAGGAAACCAAAGUGUCAAGUAGUGCAGCCAACAACAGUAGUUAUAGCAGCUUUGCCCAGCGUAUGAUGAAAAAUAUGGGUUACCAAGAAGGCAAAGGCUUGGGUAAGUAUGGUCAAGGUCUUGUAGACCCUGUUGAAGCUAGUAAGCAGAGAGGUCGCAGAGGUCUGGGUCUUCGCUUAGAAGGUCUUGAGGCAUCCACCAACCUGGACUGGGACACCAAUCUAGAGAGUGUCCAAGUUGAAGAAGAAAUAUUGUGGCUGCCACACUGCCCAGACACCCCUCCAGAUUAUGACACCCUCCUUUUAUGGUCCCGAGAUGACAAGAAAAAACAAGAUAUAUCUGAUGAGACAAAUUUCUGUGAAGUCAAAAUUCUUGAGGGUGUACUUGCAGCAAAAAGUGUAUUCGAUCAGCUUGAUGGGAAGGAACUACAGAGAGGUCGAUCACGAAGUAAUCCAUUUGAAACUCUUGGAAAACUUUUUUUUCAAAAUAGAGCUGCAUUGAAAAUGGCAAACAUGGAUGCUGUGUUUGAUUAUAUGUUUACAAGGCCCAAAAAUGAAGCUGGGGAGUCUCUUGUUGGACCAGAAGAUUUACUGUAUUUUGCUGAUGUGUGUGCAGCUCCUGGAGGUUUCUCAGAAUAUGUUUUAUGGCGUCGAAAGACUGAUUCCAAUGGAUUUUGUGAUGCAAAAGGCUUUGGUUUUACCCUUCGAGAGAAUGACUUCAAGCUUCAUGACUUCUUUGCUGCCCCAGCAGAAUUCUUUGAACCUCAUUAUGGUACGAAUGGAUGUGAUGGUGAUGGAGAUAUCUACAAUCCUGAUAAUAUAAAAAACUUUGUUGACUUUGUACAAAAGUCAACCAAAGGCCAGGGCAUCCACUUCAUGAUGGCAGAUGGAGGGUUCAGUGUGGAGGGCCAGGAGAACAUACAAGAGAUAUUAUCAAAACAACUAUAUCUGUGCCAGUUCUUGGUUGCUUUGGGAAUAGUGAGAACAGAUGGUCAUUUUGUGUGUAAGCUAUUUGAUGUGUUUACAACAUUCAGUGUCGGCCUCGUGUACCUGAUGUACCGCUGCUUUAAGUAUGUCACUAUACAUAAGCCCAACACAAGCCGACCUGCUAAUUCAGAGAGAUACAUUAUUUGUAAAUGGAAGAGGGAAAGCACAGAGGAUGUCUAUAAAUAUCUCCUUGAAAUGAAUGAGAGGUUAAUAGGUUUGAGUAAUUCACCCAUGGAUGUCUCAGAACUUGUAGCCCUGGAGCACCUCAAAGCUGAGCAAGAAUUCUUUGAUUACAUUUAUAGAUCAAAUAAUGAAUUAGGAUACCGCCAGAUGAUUAGCUUGCGAAAAAUUCAAGUGUUUUGUCAAGAUACACAAAUGAUUGAACCAAAGCAAUCAGAACUUCGCCUUGAGUGCCUCAAUCUUUGGCAGUUGCCAGACCGAACUCGCACAGCCCCACAGCGCACAGAAGCCAAAGUCAAAUUCAUUGAACUAAUUGAAGGAGAAAAUUAUGAAUAUAUGUCACGGGCACCAGAAGAUCUGACGAUAGCCAACCUUCAAGAAAAAGUACACAGUUCCUAUGACUUUCGUUGUGUACUUUUAGCUUCCACACGAGAUGGACGCAAAGAUCGAGCCUUUUAUCUUGGUUUAGGAGGACGUAAUGUUUUUCGAUGGGAAGGUAGAGGUGUUAGUUCAUGGAUGCGUUUGGACACCAAACUGGAACUCCCUCCUGACACAUUAGUGUAUGCUGAGAUAGUCACUGAACACCGUGGUGAGCACAAGGCCCAGCGAAAAUUAAACACACUGCAUUUAAUCGAUGGUUUGAUUUUAAAUGGAAAAGACAUAAGAAACCUCCAUAUAGUUGAAAGACACAUAUACUUGAAGAAAUUUGCAACAGCUCUGAACAAAACAGGUCGACCAGAUCUAGCACCAAUUAGGUGUAAACAAUUGUUCAAACUGGAAACAAUUGAGGAGUACCUUGCACCUCCGAGGUUGCACCAUCGACUGAUGAAGGGAGGUCAAAUACCAAAAAGAGUGUUUGUUGAGGUGGAAGGAGACACUGACCGUGACACAUUCUACACAGUGCCUACUGCUCUUUUGCUUCUCAAAGCAACUAAAGAACCCUGGAUGAUGGCAUUCAGCAAAAAUAAAAACCGAAAGUAUUGGUACAACACACUGACUAGGCAAGCAACAUUUGAGUGCCAGCAGGAUGUUAUAGCCCCUUUCAAGUCAUCUUAUAGUGGAGGAGCUGUGUGGUGGUGGGAGAGUGGAGUCCAAGUCCUUGAAUCCGAUGAACCUAUCAAAGGCAGGUUAAAUCGGUGUGAUCUCCUCGGCCACCUUGCUGCACAUCGCUGAUUCAUCCCUGUCUUCAUCCUCACACAUCAGGUUCUUUCACAUAAAUAUUGCCUUGGUCCUAAUCCCUUGCACACCGUCCCAGUUUUAUGGGUCUGUGUUUUGUUUUUUUCCAGAAUAUCAUUAAGUAUUAAAACAAAUGGAAGAAAACCAGUUGAACAUUACUUUCAUACUUUACAUUAAUCUCUCCAUUAAGCUCCUUAGACCCCAUUCUGGUCAUCUUGUCUUAUUUAUUUAUCAAGGUUUCAUAUGUGAGCUUUGAUAAUUUUAUGAUAAAAUAGUUCAAAUACCAUUUUUCAUGGGCUGCUCCACUCUAAAGAAAGUUUGUGUACUUGUGUUUAUAUGUACACAAGUGUAUACAUAUAAGGUUGCAUUUGUACAUUUUAUAGAAGCAUCAAGAAUAUUUUUUAUUCAUUGUACAGUACUAAAAAAUAAUUGUCCUAUAUGAAUACUUGUAACUAUCAUGUAAAUUAUGAGGUCUUAAGAUGGAGGAAUCCUGUGUUCUCCAGUUUCAAAGAGCAGAAAAUUCAAUUGGCAUAUUUUUUUAGAUAAAAUUAUUAUACCUUUAGUAGGUCUUCUAUUUUUUCACCAUAAUUAGUACUGAUUCCUUUAAAUAUAUAAAAAAAAUUUUUUACAAGUUCAUUAAAAGAAUAUUAAUUAUGGCUAACAAGAUCUGGAAUAAAUAUUUUUAUUAUGCUCCAUUAUAACAUUUAUUGAUUUAUUAAGCAUUUGAAUCUUACAUAAAAUGAUAUACACUGUACCCUCGUUAAUUCAGAUCGUUAUAAUUCAGAUUUUGGUUCCGAAAAAUCCAGUGGCUACAGCUUUGAAAAAAUCAGGCCUUUCACUUUGUUUCUUUUCUGACCACAUGGCUCCACGGGUGGGCUUGAAAUUUCAGUUUUGUUGAUUCAUCUGUGCUCUUGCAGCUAUCCAAGCAGGCUUGGGUCAGGUGUCAUCCCACUUGAACAAUUCCCACAUUGACAAUUAUAGCUAAAAAUCAUCCAUUCAUCACAAAUUCUAUUAGAUAUACAGUACUGUGUUUAUUAUAGGAAUGUAUUAUUAAAUAGAUUAAGUUGAAUGAAUUAUAAAAUUAAAAUAAGAAUUACAUUGGACCCUCGCUUUAUUUACAUUCACUAUAUGCAGAUUCGUGCUUAUGCGGCAACCCUAUUUCUACAAAUGUUAUUGCAUUAAUGCUCCAAAAAUGGUUGUGAAACAUGGCACAGUGUGUGUGUGUGUUUACUGCGCUGCAUGUGAUGUCACAAGACGCGGUUGGAGUGGUGAGUCAGCCACUCCACACACUUUUACUUUCCACACAAACACCCAUGCUCUUCAUAUGUCUCAGUUUAUAGUUUUAUAUUAUAUUUAUUUCUAAUCCACAUUAGAGCAUUGUAAUGAUUUUUCCACAACUUUUAUUGCAUUUCUGUUGACUUUUAGUUGUUGUGGAACAUAUCUUAAUUUUCCCAUAAGAUUAAGUAUUCACUAUAUGCGGAUUGCCAUUAUACUGUGUUGUCACAGAGCACAACCAUAGCGUAAAGCGAGGGUCAGGUAUAUAUUAAGAUGGAUUAUAGGAAUAUAGGUAAACCUCUUUUUACGAUCUCCCUGUCUAUGAUAAUUCACGUUAAUGAUGCUGAUAUAUUAAGACCACUCCCCUAUGUGCGAUGUAAAUAAACUCACACUAGCAAUAUUCAUCAUCCCGCCAAGUUGGCAUAUGAAAUGCAUAACUCACUUCAUUUGUCAGCUGAGGCGUCAUCUACCUGAACGCCACCUCGUGACCAUUUGGUGAAUUACAUUCCAGGCACUGAUUCUUCUUGGUUACAUGUGUGUAAGAAAUGGAGCUCAAGGUUUAUCAGUGAUAAGCAGUUUUUUUAACAGUGAGAGAACAUAACUAAAGUUCACAUUGUUCUCUUUUUUAGUGACUGUGAAAUGCUUUCCCUUUUUUAGUGACUGUGAAGGGCUUUUGCCCUGAUUAUGAAGUGCUUUUGCUCUGAUCCCCCACACCAACAAUUGGUGACCUGACAUUGCAUCAGGUCAGUAAUAUGAGACCACUAAUCACAGUCAGCCAAGCGCCACAGCAGCCAAAAACCGUUUUAUUAUAGCAUUUUAUUCCCCCCAAGCUUCUAUUUCAUGGAGAGCAUCUCAGGGUCUGGGAGUGUAAACAGCAAUAGGGUCGAAUUGUUCACGUGGGAAUCGUCUGAGUGGGAAAAAAUCUUAGUGGCAUGUAAUCCUGGGUCAUGCUGCUAUCAUGUGAGAGCGGGCCACCAGCGCAGUCAGAGGUUAUGCAGCGCUAUCACUUCAUCAGUUGAGAUGCUUAGUGCCUUAUAGCAGAUGUUUUCUAAUUGAUUUGUGGGAUAAUGUUGUUAAUCGUGGUGAUAGAACUAUAAUUCUGAAAGAUUUUGUUUACUACCCGUGGUGCAUGCAUGUUGGACGCUAACAGGGAUGGGGUCGAUUAUGAAUUUAAUUGGAAUUGAUUGGGAAAAUGCUCUUUUCUUAAGUACACAAUAUCCAGUUGUCCGGAGUACCCUCAGACAUUCACCUUGCCAUGUCUAGCAAAAGGGAAAUCUUUACAUUGCUAAUAAGCUCAAAAAUUGAGUUGCUUCGUCUGUGUCAUCAGCGAAAUGCCCAGUACCCCCCUCGGUGUUUCCUUGUAAUAUUUUGCCCUCCCCUCUCUUUUUUUUUUCUUUCGUAUCACUUAUUUUUGGGAGGACUGUGAGAACAUAAGGCAUUCCUUUUGUUAUACCUGGUCACAGAAAAGCCUUAGCCCUAUGAUUAUUCUAAAAAUACGAAACAAUCAAAUGUCAUGGGUAGCAUGACAUCAUUGAAUUGGGCGGAGCUAAAGUCUAUGACGUUACAGCGGUGUGUCCUUGCUGUAUUUAGUCCUUGUGCGGUACUGUAUUUGCACACUUCAGUGAAAAUUACGCUUGCGGUAUUUACUUGACCCACAUAACAAUUAAAGUAACAAAUUAAUGUGUAAUUGAUCUUGACCUGCAAAUAUUCACAGAAUUUUGGGCAUAGAGGAUAAAAUAAAGUAAAGGCAAGUGCAUGGAUCUCAGUACUCACCUGAAGAUUCGCCCUAACGCGACCCAGGGGUAUUCUUCAGGUGGCAGUGGACCUCACUAGUCAUGUGAAUAUUUGCCUUCCCCCCCCCCCCCUGCAGUCAUCGGAAUGAUCCGAGUAAGGUGCAAAAUUGAAUGGAAAAUGAAACACAGAAAAUUGUCGAAUGUUAAAAUAUUUAGAUUAAUUCAGAUUUUUCAGUAAUUUAAAUGACCCAGAGCCUCUUUUGUGUCGAAUGAACGAGGGUAUAGUGUAAUGUUUUUUUAUAGCACAGAAAUAACUUAUGCCUCCAACAACAAAUGUUAGAGGGCUAUACAGGGUACUGGAUGGCACUGUUUUGUCCAUCAGUUUGUCUUUUACACAAUGAGGUCUAGUUUAUGUAAUACCUGCUGCUUUUAUUUUUAUGAGAAUUUUCCUGAAACUUAUUAGACUUGUUGCUCACAGACCUAAAAUAUCCAUGAGGUAUUAUUUGUACCUCGGUGAAUGUUUGUAAAAAUAAUGUAAUAUAAUAGUGGGGGUAUGUAUAUUGUUCCAAUAUGCAGGUAGUAUUAACUGAUUUUACCAUUCAUGUAUAUUGCACAUGACACUCAGAAAUUGCGUUUGUAUUAUUUUAAGUGAAUGUUAGAAUUUGUUCUUACCUCUUAGUGAUCCUGUUAUAGAAGGCAACCAUCCAUCUUUUCUCAUACUGUAUUUGUUCUUAAUAAAGGAGAAGUAGCAAGA